CGGGCAGCGGGUCCCUCAGCCGGGGCGACUGGCGGUUCAUCUGAAACUGGACGAAAGAAGAGCAUGGAUAUGGGUAACCAACACCCAUCCAUAAAACGGUUGCAUGAAAUACAGAAAGAAGUCAAAGAGAUUGAACAGCAAGUGGUUGUUUUCAGUGGCCUCUCUACUGAUCGAGAUUACAAGAAAUUAGAAAGGAGCCUUACUAAACAGCUUUUUGAAAUAGAUUCUGUAGACACCGAAGGAAAGGGGGACAUUCAGCAAGCCAGAAAGCGAGCUGCUCAGGAAACAGAGAGGCUGCUUAAGGAACUGGAACAAAAUGCAAACCAUCCGCGCAGACUGGAAAUAGAGGCUAUAUUCAAGGAGGCACAGUCACUUGUGGAGCGCGAGAUUACACCUUUUUACAAAGGAGGUAACUGUAUAAGUGACGAAUUUGAAGAAGGUAUUCAGGACAUUGUAUUGAGGCUUACCCAGGUGAAAACUGGAGGGAAAGUUUCUUUACGCAAAGCAAGAUACCGCACUCUGACAAAAGUAUGUGCUGUUCAGGAGAUUAUAGAAAGCUGUGUAAAGCAACAGCUGUCCCUGCCACUCUCUAAUGAUGCGCAUCCUUCUGUCUCCAAAAUUAACUCUGUAAUGUGUGAUGUGAACAAAGCAAGAGGAACUCUUAUUGCGCUUCUAAUGGGAGUGAGUAGUAAUGAUACCUGCAGGCAUCUAUCCUGUGUGCUUACAGGCCUCAUUGCUGAUUUGGAUGCUUUAGAUGUCUGUGGUCGCACAGAAAUAAGAAAUUACAGAAAGGAAGUAGUGGAAGAGAUCAAUAAGUUGCAGAAAUACCUGGACUUGGAAGAAGAAGCAAAUUCUACUCACGCUUAUGAUUUGGCACAAAAUCAGUCCAUUCUAAAAAUAGAAGAGAUCCGCAAGAAAAUGAAGGAAGUUAAUUCUUUACUUUUAAAAACAGAGAAUGCGUCUGAUUUGUAUUUGGGAUCCAAAGCAGAAUUGCAGGGAUUAAUUGCCCACUUAGAUGAGGUAAGUCCAGGAAAAAACCCCUGUAUUAGAGAAGCCAGGAGAAGAGCAGUGAUAGAAGUUCAAACUCUUAUAACGUAUAUUGAUUUGAAGGAAGCACUUGAAAAAAGGCAAAUGUAUUCUGAGCAAACUGCUGCUGAACAUCAGUCUCAUAAAGCAGUUUGGACUGUUCUUGGAAACUUGUCUCAAAUUCAGCAGGAGGUGAUUUCAUUUGAUGGAAACAGAACGGAUAAAAAUUACAUGAGGUUGGAAGAACUUCUUACGAAACAACUUCUAGCACUUGAUGCUGUUGAUCCACAAGGCGACGAGCGGUGUAAGGCUGCCAGAAAACAAGCAGUAAAGCUUGCGCAGAAUAUUCUUUACUAUCUGGACAUGAAAACAGAUGAAUGGGAGUACUGAAACAGCCAUGGCCUUACAUAGAAGAACAUAUUUUCCUUUGGCACUUUAUGCAGAUCAUUGGCAGCAGCACAUUAUAAAAGUGGUGUGUUCUCUGCUUGCUUAAAUCACAGAGAUUGCAUAAGCAGUUGACUUGGCUAUAUGUCUGUUAUCCCACGCAGGCACCCACUUGUCAUGGCAACUGUCAGUACACCAUCAGCAAUUCUGGUCAUUGCUUUAAGCAAAGAAAUGCGAUUCUCUCAAGGAAUAGCUUGAUACUUGAUCAAAUGGCUUCUUUUUUGUUCCGUUUUUGUUUUAAUAACCUUGUGCGGUGUUCAGUGAAUGCAGAUUUUUCAAAGAUGCAGAAAAUUCCUUAUGGUACAGUACUGGCAAAACUAUUUAAAGAAGACUGGACAUGAAAAUUAGUAUUCAAGCAUGAGGCUCCAUCCAGCAACUUCACAGUAGUCUGGAUAUAUUCUUAAUGUGCUGUUAUGACAGAAAGUAUUAAGGGCAAAAAACCUGCUGGCUUUUGGGUUGUACUUGAUUUAUUCCAUCCAUUGCAGCUUUCUGAGUGUUUAGAUUUCUCUGUUAAUGGAGCUAUAAUGCCAACUGUAAAUUAGCAUUUACAUAGGCCAAGCCAAUUACGUCUAUUUUUUGUAAUACCUGAGCCCUCUGAUUUGCAAAACCAGGUCUCUUGUUGGUGGAAACUCUUUCAGAUUAUUGCUUUAAGGUACUGAGACUUGGAGAGGAAAAUCUGUACAUAUAUACUGACCAGAUAAAUGGGAUUUCAAAGAUUUCACACUGCCAUCCAUAAACCCCUGAAAACUGCACUGAACUUUAGUGGCUGCUUGGGUGUGUUUUUAAACUCUGCUCUUAGAUCUGGUUUUGACCUGUCUUUUCACAUUCGGUGAAAACAGAAACAGAAUUCACUUUGAAGUGAAUGAGCAUUUUGGAAUUAUUUUUGUAAAAUUAGGUAGCUAGCUAUAAAGAUGUCCCUAAUGAUGUAAAUGUGUUACAUAUUUCAUACUGGUCAGGUGUGGCUUCAAGCAUGUCUUGGAAAAGACUUGUGGCAAAUGUCUCUCCUUGCAACUCAUCACUUAAUUGUUUUAACUUUGUAAAUAAGCUUGCUUGUACUAUUGUAUGCACCUGCCUUUUUAUUUGUGGCUGCUAGUGCCAAUCACAUUUCUACUAUAGCAUGGUUUUUGGCAUUUUUUUGAGAGCAUGGCAUUAAAAUGAAUCAAUUACAAAGAUAUAUUUAAUUAUGGAGACAUUGCACUUAGCUCUUCCAUGUUGAGUUAAUGAAUUCUUGUUCUAUAGAUAAUGAUUUGCACCACUUUAAGGAGUAAAAACCAUUUUGGAUGUUAAAUAUUUUUAGAUCUAUUUUUGACUGAUGAGAAAAGACAAUGCUGUCUGUGGGAGACAAGUGCCUUUACGACACCACUAACUUGCACCAUCAUAUGUAGAUACAGGAACUGUUUACUGGCAACUUGAUACAUUUGUAAUCUUUGCAAACAGGAUUUCUCACAUAUGUAUAAUUCUACUAUAAUAUAGGUAAAAUUAACAUAAUACAAUAGGUGGCAAUUGUUCUAUAGAGUCCUGAGAAUGAGUAUCAAAUCUGGGAAAUAUGGAUUCUGUUUAAAAAUGAAUGCAUUGAUGUGGAGAUGGGGGACUUUGGGCAGGUCUACUGUGCCUAUUGCUACAACAAGGAGAGAAUAUUUUGCUCCAUAACAUGCUUUGAGAUGUUGAUGAGAGGCUGUGUAACUUCAGAGUGUGAAUAUAUUUUGUUUGUGAUCGUACAGGUGAUUGCUUUGCAAUUUUACUUGCCAAAACCGAUCUAUUUUUUCAAUUAAGUACAGUGCCUAAGGCACAAUUUGGCAAUGAUAG